AUGUUGAUAGGAUUUUAUAGAUUACUUUUCUGUGUAGACUUAAUAUGUUGUGUUCAGUGUAUUAUGUAUGGCACAGUUUGUACAGCCUUACACACGUGUCCUUUUAUGGAAUGCGUAAAUGCAUCACAAUCUGUUGGUUUGCCAAAACAAAUAUGUAUUUGUCGAAGAGCUUAUAAAGAUGGGGCCUCUUGGAGACGAGGUUAUGAAAACUGCACAGAUGGUUAUCAACCUUUGUCUUUGAGUCCUUAUGAAAACGGAAAAACAAUAAGUUCGCCAAUCUACGAAUAUGAAGCUCUUCCUGCUGAACAGUUUUCGUCAAAUGUUUAUUCUUCAAAUCCAUCUUACGCCCGUCUUUAUCAGAUUUCUGAUUGGUUUGGAAGCCCAACUCCAACAACUAAUGAAUAUCUUCAAAUAGAUUUAGGAGUUGUGAGUUUUAUAAAAAUGAUAGCUACGCAGGGAAAAUCAAACGCACCAUUACAAAUGGUAGUAUUGUCUUACAACGUUGAUUACGGCGUCAACUUGGAAGAUCUUAAAGCUAAUUAUGACGCAAAUAAAACCUUUUUUUUUAAUGUUCCUUCUAGUGUUGGAAGCAACGAUGUAGUAUACAACUUUUUUGGUUAUGAUGGAAUCUUUGCACAAAUAGUUAGAAUUACACCUGUUUCAUUUAAAGUUAAAAAAUCUUUAAGAAUUGAGCUAUUUGGAAAUAAAACUCUGAAUGAAUGCAAUUUUACGAGCCUUAACGGUUGCGAUAAAAAUAAUGCAAUAUGUACAGAUACCGCUGCUGCUUACACCUGUACUUGCAAUAAAGGAUCAAUAGAUAUAAACAAUAACGGAUUCACUUGCCAAUUGAUAAAUGAAUGUUCAGAAACCGGUAUUUAUAAAAAUCAAUGCGAUCCUAACGCCAAAUGUACUGAUACACGUUUUGGAUACAAUUGUACAUGCAUGCAAGGCUACCAAGGAGAUGGGUAUUAUUGUGAAGACAUUGAUGAAUGCUUACUUCCUUCUAUACAGAAUAAACCAAUAUGUACAAAUGGCGCAUAUUGUAAAAACACAAUUGGUGGAUACAAGUGCUUUUGUAACGUUGGGUAUUUAGGAGAUGGAACAAAGUGUACAAAUAUUAACGAAUGUAGACCAGGCGCAGCAAAUAAUUGUCAUCAGUAUGCUGAGUGUCGUGAUAAUGUUGGUUCAUACUCUUGCACAUGUCAACCUGGAUUUAUAGGUAAUGGUUUUGAAUGUUACGAUAUCAAUGAAUGUUUAAAUUUACCUUGCCCCGACAAUUCGAAAUGUUCCAAUACAUGGGGUAGCUUUGAAUGCAAAUGCCUUAAUGGUUUUCAACAAAAUGGUCUAAGUUGUGUUGACAUUGAUGAAUGUAGUAAGGAAGGAUGUAAGCAAGGUGAACGCUGUGGAUGUAAGCAAGGUGAACGCUGUUUUAAUACACAUGGAUCAUUUUAUUGUAUAUGCCCUAAUGUUAUGCCGGUUAUUCAGCAACCAUUUAACGAAAGUUAUUAUGAACGAAAAAUAUUUGAUUUUCUUCUCAACAACUUAAAAGAUAAUACAAUUGGUAACUAUCGCUUCUCUCUAGACUACCAUGCGCAGAGAUUACGUACAAUUUAUUACUUUUUAAAAAAGACCUACGAUUUCCAUAAACAAAAAAACAGAGUGCCUUUUUUCAUGAGUAAAACUGUCAGCAAUUUUUUUUCAGUUGAACUGUACGACUUUCUUUGUACCGAUGUUGUAUCCGUAUCAUUUCCUAAUUUUUGCCAUUCUAGUUAUGAUAACACGCCAUUUUCAACAUUUACAGACAUUGUUAACAUAUCACUUAUAAAACAAAUAACAACACCAGAAGACUCGUGGGUUAUUCCUGUGCCUAACGCUCUUGAUAAAAAUUUAAUUAACUCUAUACAUUCUAUAGAAAACUCCAGUCAAUAUUUUAACUACAGCACAACCCCAUCACCAACAAUUAUGCCAUAUAAUUGCAGUUUUACCAUUCAAGGUGAUCUUAAUCAAUCAGGAAUCUUUCGAAGUCCAAAUGACGAAGAAACAAAUAAAUAUAGGCCUAAAACUAAUUGCAGCUGGACUAUUAUUGUCCCAGAACCAUUUAGCGUUUAUGUUAACUUUAUUGAAGAUCAGUUUGAUAUUGAAUACAGUAAAGGAUGCUAUUAUGAUUAUGUUUCUGUAAAAGAUGAAAAUGAAAAAGAAUUAAAAAGGUACUGCGGAAACAAAAACACUACCCAUUUUUUGCCUGUUCGUUCGGGAAGUAAAAUCACAGUCAAUUUUAUUAGUGACAGCACAUACCAGUAUUCUGGAUUUCUUGCCAAGUGGGGUAUGUUGUCUCCACGUGUCUCUUUGGCAUGUUUAAUUUACAACCAAUUGGCUACUCUUCCUGAUCUAAAGUAUUAUACAAAACAAGUUAAUUUAAACCUCGACAAUAAAAAUGACUUUGUUCCAGUUUCAAAACUCAUUGUAUGUUAUCAGUAUCCAAACUGCAAUAUAUCCCGUCCAAAUCCUAUUAUUUAUACAUUUGAACAUUUCAGAGAUGAUAGAAACGAUAAAAAAUGCAUAUAUUGGAGUCUUGACUCUGCUGCAACUACUUAUUUGGAAAAUAUAUGCAUAAAGGUUAAGACAAACAAAACGCAUACCGUGUGUGAAUGCCAAACCUGGGGUAUAGUAGCCGUUGUUGGACGUGCUACAGUUUAUGAUCCUAAAAUUAAAAAUAAGUUAUUUGCGCUUGGCUUAAACUGUUUCUACUCAUGUCUUUUAGUUACUUUGAGUUUAUUACUUGCAACAGUUUACUUAUUUUUAAAAGACCAGUGGGGCGCUUCUGCAUAUGAUGCUAUUCGCAUGAAAGAGUUCGAUUCCGGUAGAGUUAUUCAGCUACACAUUAUGGUAAAUGCAUUUUUGGCCGAAAUUUUUUUUUUAGUUAUAAAUUUUAACGUUUCAGGAAAAACUAUAAAAUGCCACAUUUUGGUUUUUCUUUUUUACUACUUUUUGCAAGCAGUGUUUUUUUGGUUGUAUGUUUACACUUUAUUUUUGCAAACUCGUGUGCAAGAAAUAUUUGAUUCAGAGAAAUACAAUUCUUAUAAAAUAUAUCUUUUUGUUGGUAACUUUGUUCCGUUAGGAGUGACACUGACAAUAAGUGGUUUAUAUUUAAAAUUACAAACCAGUGAAAUUCUAUGUUGGUAUUUGUUUGAAGGAACUAGCGUAUGGGGAUUUUCUAGUGUUAUAAUUACAAUCGCUGCAGUUACGCUUCUUUUGUUAGUGGAUGUGAUGUUGGAAUCAAACCAAGUAGCUAAUGGAAUAAUAUUGCAGGAAAAAUGCAUGAAAACGGCUUUUACUACCCUCUUUAUGCUGCUUACAACAAUAUUUGGUGCUCUUGCAAUACAAACCAAAUUAUUUAGUUGGCAAUAUUUGUUUUCUUUAUGUAACUUAUUACAAGGAUUUUCAAUUGUCAUUUUAUAUUGCAUUUUAAAGAGAGAAGAUCCAAUAAUCAAGGCCAACCAAAUUGGUCCGAUGCCAGAUUUAAGGGAAGAUGUUGAGGAAGCAGAAGAUGGUGGAAAGUUUCUCGACGUAUCUCCGUGCGACAGUGAAAGCGACGCUGAUGAGAACAAAACGAUGGACUCUAAAAAUCCCAAUGAAAUUUUAGAAAACAAAGUUGUUACCGUUGAAGUAUUUGAAAACAAUGAGUUUGAAGAGGCUGCUGUUGAUAAACCUAGUGAAGAAUAUUCUUCCAUCAAUGAAAAUUCGGAUUAAAAUUUCAGAAAUUAAAAUAUUACGACUUAUUUAUUAAAUAGAAAUAACUAAUAAGUAAAUAAAUAUUGAGUAAAUUGCACAAAUAACGACACCUAUUUCAGAGAAUAAACUUAUCUUUUUAAAAAAGACAAAUUUAUCUUUAAAUGACAGUUAAGUGCUGCGCACU